GCCCUACAAGAAUUUGACGAAGUUGCUUCCCUCCUUCUUAGAGUUUCUUCUACACAAAUCGGAACCAAUUAUAUAUAUAUAUGAGUCAUCUUCAUCACCUAAUCUCCCAACAACAGAUCAAAAACAAAUCAAUCAAAUCAUUCAAUCAUCAAGAAAAAAAUGGCUUCUUCAUCAACCAGAAUUAUGAGCUCAUAUUCAUGCGAAAUGCGACCUCGAUUGCUCAAAGAAUUCCUGUCCGAUGAUUCAUCACUUCCCUCAUCUUCUUCAUUUGAUCAUCAUGGAAGUCUUUUCAAGAAAUCUUCAUCCCUGAAAAAUCCCAGGUCCCUGUUACUCAGGAAUCGUUCCAAAUCGGCAUCUUCCAUAUCCAUCUCCGCCAUCCACAAGGCUUCAGAAGCCGUAAUCAAAGCCAUCAAAUUCCUCCCGUUCGCCCGUGGCUCUGCAAUUAAGACCCCUUCUCUGCUCCCAAGAAGCCUUUCCCGUAAGAAAUCCAAAAGGGAUCAAAUAAUUCAAAGUGAAAAACACAGUGAAAUUAGCAAUCGGGCUUCUUUCUCGUCAUCAAGUGAGGAUCAGCAGCAAGUCGAAACGCCGAAAAUCAAAGACAUUUUGCGGUGGAAGUCAUUCAGGGAUGUGGUGGAGGAUUUGUCUAACAAAUGGCUUGAGUCUGAUUUUGCCCCUGAAGACUUGAAUUCAUUGGAUAAUCUUGAUGAUGAUGAUUACGGAAGGUAUUAUUUCAUGGAUCACCAGAAGACGAAGAAGAAGAAGAACAGAGUGGAUCAGGGGAGAUUUUCAUUUGAAGAGGACGAUGAACAGAGUAGCCCUGUUUCAGUCCUUAAUGACUCUGUAUUUCUAGAUGAUGAUCAUGAAGAAGGAGAGCCCGUUUCGUUCUUCAAUCGAACGGUUGAAACCAUGGAAAGAAGGAAAAACAUGCUCAUGCAAAGACUAAAAGAGUUUGAAAACCUUGCAAAACUGGAGCAAAUUACACAUGAAGAAGAAGGAAGACUGACCAAAGAAGAGAAUGCAACAACAAAAGUGGAAGAAUCAAACUGUGAAGUUGAAGCAAAAGCAAGGGAAUUAUUAAGCCAAGUCAAGGCAACAUCCUCAUCCUCCUCCUCAACCCACAAUGACAUUGUUUUACUUGAUUUCUUUAGGCAAGAAUUGGCUGCUAGUAACAAUGGUGAAAUUGAGAUGCUUAAAACGGCACAAGAUUGGAUGAGCAAGGAAUAUUGCGAGGGCACAUUUGAUUGUGAGCUGUUGGACUGUAAAGAGGCCUGUCUCAAGGAUAUGGAAAUUGGGCCCAUGAAAUGGACUAGAAGCAACAAUUUUGGUGAGGAGCAACAAGAGUUGGGCCGUGAUGUGGAGAUCCAAGUCCUCAAUGAUUUGUUGGAUGAGGUUUUGGGCGAUCUUCUUCUAUGACUUGUAUAAAAACCACACACGGUCUUCUUUCUUCAUUCUUUUAUUUAUUCAAUUUGUUAUUUAUUUGGAAAAUAUUAGAGUCGAAAAUAGAAUUAAUUAGCAUGGAGUAUGGAGAAUAGAUAAAUACGUACUAUUGUACUUUAUAAAGAUAGGGCAAAGGUGCAUGGUUUAGACUAGAGUGACUGCCAUGCCUUUGUCUCAUAAUUUUUCAGUUUAAUAGAUAUCCAACUCAUUCUCAAGUAAUGAUAUUAUUUAAUAUGUAUAAAAAAAAUAGGUAUUCUUAUUUA